GAGAAGAUUGAUUGGUUCAUCAGGAACACCGCCGAUGCACUCGCCGGGCAUGCCGAGGGGAGCUUGGUCGAGCACGAGAUCGAGGAGGUUCAGGCCGUCAGCAGGGACACGACUGAGAGGGUCACGGCCAUCCCGUAUUCAGUCUUCGAGGAGAAAGGGGAAAUGAGGGGCUGGGGCGAAGACAAGAUCAAAGCCAAGUGGAAGGAGACGAUUCUGGACAAGUCAAUCAAGAAGAUUAAGUACAAGGGGCAGGUUUGCAUCAGUCGGUUCGAGGGUAUCUUGUUCGACGCGAAGAAGUCGAACACGACGUCGACCAAGCUCAAGACGAAGAAGGAGAUCAAGACACUACAGGAGCUCGAAGACGCGAAGGCUAAGGCGCAGGAGGUUCUAUCGCAGGCAUCCAGUAGUCAUCAAGCGUUCCUCGACUCCGCCAUGUCAGAGAUCACGCAGGCGCCUGUCGCCAUCCCAGACGAUUUGAUCGAGAACUUGGCGGACUUUGACGAUUUCGCGAAAUCUAUCGACGACCACUCGAGGAUGAUCGAAGACGAGAUCAAUCGGGAGGAGCGCCGCCAGGAUGCGCUCGACGCUCUGUUGGCGCAGGACACCAUGGAGGCGAGCAUCUACAUGGCGCAGCAAGGGGAGGAGAAGCAAAGCGAUGGCGACAUCUCGAAGUACCGUGUCAGCAGGGCCUCCGAGUUCGUGAAGUGCAAGGAGUUGUUCCAGUUCACCUCCAGGCAGUUGGUCGCUGAUGUCAACGAGGUGGUGGCGGCCGCCAAGGAGAAGAUCGGCUCCGACAACGAGAACGCGACAGAGGCCUUCGCUAUCCUGGCGAAUGCGCCGAAGCAGUGCGAGAAUGUGUCCAAGGAGCUUUGCGAUGCGAUUGAGGAGUUGCGGGCCGCUUUCAACAGGGAGGCAACCACGAAGGGCAUGAAGGAGCACCUUGAGAGUUUGAAGAAGCAACGCAUUGACAAGAACAAGGCCUUUCAGGGCAUACUCAGAUCUAUAUCGACAUUGCGCAGCCUCAUCAAGAAUAAGGAAAUGGGCGACCUGAGGGGCGCGCAGGCGAACCCCGAGGAGGAGAAGGCCACUGGCGAGGUCCACGUCCCCGCGCACGAGAAGAUCCGCACCCGCUACAUCAACCAUGCGCUCGAGAAGGAUGAUCAGUGGGAUCGCUCACGUCCCAGGUUUGUGAAUGACACCGCGCUGAAGGACACGCUCGAGGCGCUGAAGGUCGUCGACAUCCUCGCGAAGUGGUUGGCGUCGCAGCUUGGGGGCAAGGAUGCCGCGAGUGCCAUGUUGGAUAAGCCCAAGCACUACGAGGACAUCACCAAGGCCAUCUGCAGUGUUCUUCAAGAUCCGAGCCUAGAGAAACCCUUCAGCGUCUUGCACUCGUGUCUUCCGUCCAUCUUCGCCCUGGGCAUGCAAUGCAGCAGCGCGAAGUUCGUGAAUGUCGGGUUCAACCCGUUCGGCCUCGGCCAGUGGACCAUCGUGUUGAAGGGAGGUCUGCUGCUCGUCUGCGUGCAGGGCGAGCAUGUCGAGGGCAAGUCUUACGCUGAGAAGGUGAGCAAGCUGAUGGAGGCCAGCCCGGACAGCAUGCACAAUAUGGUUACCGAACACGGCUUCUUCAUGCACUGCACAGCGGGCGCUGCCGCCUGGGUGCCGCCUGGUUUCUUCUGCAUGUGCAUUUCCCUUGGCGAUGCCACGUGGCUCAAGUG